AUGCAAAUGCAACAGCAACAACGAUUUGUGCUGUGGCGCCGAGAGUAUCUCCAAAAAUCAUCCACAAUGCACGCCUGCCUUUGUCUCAGCGGCCUUUUCUCCUCCAGCGCCGGCGCUAAAACCAAGAAAUCGAAAUGCAGUGCAUGUGCCAUGCCAUGUCCCUUUCCUUACCAAAAAGACUUUUCCGCCGAGAUACCGUCAUGUCGCGCGGUAGCAAGCUCGGACUUCGUGUGA